CUUUCAGUUCCGAGCGGGCGAACUUUGGCGAGUGGGCCGGUGGGCGCCUCGGCCUCCUUCGAACGUGGGGUGGGGGGCACCAAACGGCUCCAGCGCGCACGCGCGGCCCCUCCUUCACAGCUGGAUCCUGCGGGUGGGGAGAAAAAGAAGUGCGCAGGAUGGCUCAGAACAAGUAUCUUGCGGCAAAGCUGAUAAACUAUUUGCGAGAAGACAAAAUUCAUCUGUGGAAACCUCCGUAUACAAACAACCAGAAAGAGGCUGGUGCGGAGCUGAAGGAACUCGCAUUGCAAUAUUCAGCCAGGCUAAAUUAUAAUGACUGUGAAAUAGAAGCCAUUCUGGAAGAAAUACGCUGUAAAGCAAUUGAGCGGGGAACAGGAAAUGAAGCUUUUAAGACAACAGGAAUUGCAACGCUUGAAGUAGCUUUGCCUAAAAGGAUGGGUAAAACAAGAAAAAAUGCUCUGGAGACAAAAUUGGUCAUCACAGGCAAGGAGCUCAGAUCUCAAAUAGCACAAACCUAUGGCUUUGAAGAAAAUUGCAUUAAAAUAAUUGCAAAUAAGAAGCAACUUGACCUAGGAAAAACCCUCGAAGAACAAGGUAUAACACAUAACAUCAAGGUCAUGGUGCUUGAGCUGAAACUGAGUGAAGAGGAAACUAGAAGAAAAGUCCAUGAAGAAGAAAUGCAGCAUGAGGAAGAGGUAGCGAAGAACAAAGAAAUGAAUAAACGGAUGCAAAGAACGAAGAAAGGCAUAGAAAUACUCGCAGAAAGAGAGGAUUCAAUGGAUCCAGAGACGAUGCCUUACCUCGACAUUGCAAACCAAACCGGAAGAUCCAUCAAGAUUCCCCCAGAAGCCAAAAAAGCUCUCUUGUUAGCAAUGGGCCAUCAUGAAAAGGGAAGAGCGUUGUUGAAGAAGAAGGAAUAUGCCAUGGCAUUGCCAUUCCUGUUGGAUGCGGAUAAACAUUUCUGCGAUUGUGGCUCAGAGCUCCUGCACACUGUUGAUAAUUACGCAGUGCUGCAACUGGACAUAGUCUGGUGUUACUUCCACCUGGGGCAGCUGGAGUGCCUUGACGAUGCUGAGAAAAAGCUCACAAUAGCCCACGACUGCUUCAGAAGGUGCUACGGAGAGAACCACGAAAGACUGGUCACUAUAAAAGGAAGUUCUGGCCGAGAGAAGGCUUUAUUUUUAAGGCUUUAUUUACUUCAAGGAAUCACCCAGUACCAUAAUGGCAGAGAAGGGGAGGCUGCUGAACAUCUUCAGAAGGCCCAUGGCUUAGUUCAAGAAUUGUGCAUAGAUCCUGAGAAGAUCAGUAGCUUGUUACUUCUGGGUUUCUCUGCUCAGGAAGCUCGUCUGGGUCUCCGAGCCUGUGAUGGAAAUGUGGAUCAUGCUGCUAGUCACAUUUCCAACCGGAGAGAGGAAAAGGCUCAAAUCAGGAGAGAGGAAAAAGCCAAAAGGAGAAAGCGACUAGAGGACAUAAACUCCUUGAAGAGUCUGGGCUAUCCUGAGCGAGCUGCUAGGGAAGCUCUUCAUAAGGCGAAGGGAGACAUUGUGCUGGCAACUAAGAUUAUAUUGGACAACCCACUGCUACUCCUGCCAGAUGAGGAGGAUCCCAUGCCAGGGGAAGAGUUCAAUGUUACCCAGGAAAGUAUUGAUCAAUUGGUAUAUAUGGGCUUUAAGCCCAAGGACGUGGAGCAGGCUCUGAAAUUAUUCAAAGGCAACGUUCAGCUGGCUGCACAGAUCCUUGUACAUCACGGGGGAUCCCUUCCUGCAGAACUGCAGACCGCUCUGGACAGCCUCCCUCGUUCAGACGACUCCAGUUCAUCCAAAGACUCUCCUACUGAUUCUGCAGAUAAGAGGAGAACGAAAAACAAAGAAGGAAAACAAAGAAGGAAAAACCCACAAGGUACUUCAGGGGCCUCAACAGAUGAUGACAUGGAAGUAGAUGCUGUCAAUGAAAUCUUAGAAGAUAUCCCAGAACAUGAAGAAGAUUAUUUGGACCUAACUCUAGAAGAGGAAGAACAUAUAAUUAACGAAUAUCUCUCCUACAUAAGCCACGUGCAGAUGCAGUAGACAAACUUAAAAGGCUGUGGUCUCAGCCACAUGGACCAGCAACUUUUGGACUCCAGAUAAAAUUAAUUGCAUGUUAGUCCUGAAGCCAGUGGGUCACACGAGUCAUGACUAAGUUAGUCUAGAUCAGAACUUUGGAUUUUAAUAUUAGGAGUGGAAAUGUGUCUGACCCUAUUGUUUGCCAUAUGCCUUAUGUUCAGUCAGUUGCAUAGUUUUUAAAUCUUGGUAUGUGUAAAAUCUGUAUUUAAUUGUAAUCUAGAGCAACACUGGAGAGUAAUACCAAUUGUAAUACAAAAGUAUUUACAAAACAUAUUUUUAUAGAGAGGCAAUAUAUAUUGAUGUGAGAUAAACCUAUUUAGUAAGCAAAUGAAAUCCAUUUUACAUCUCUUUACUUCUUUUACAAUACCCAGAUUUCUUUUUUUAAAAAACAAAAGAUCCAAUUAUUGGAGCAUUAAACAUAGGAUCUCUCUAGGACUAGCAUUUUGGUAUUUUCAGACCUUUGGAAUAUAAUCUCAAGUCUGUAGAUCUUUCAGUUUUUCUGAUCUAAUCCAGUAGUCUGAAGUCAGCUGUAAACCAGUUUGUGUCGAUCUCCUUUUUUCAGUGUCUGUUUUACAUAAUGCAUUAAUAACCAAUAAAAAGUAAUAACAUUU